UUUAAAUGUUGCUGCUGCUGUUUGGUUUUGAGCUGUCUCAUCUCUAGCAGUUUGAGAGCUAAGCAACAUGGAAAUAUCAAAUUUCCUGGAGAAUGGGAAUAUUCCCAAGGAAGCAAACAAUUCAGGAUGCAAUCGGAUGAACCUUUGCACUUUGGCUCUUUUAAUACUGGUUGUGGUUCCACUUUUGAUAGUCUGCUUUCUGUGCCUUCAUAGCCAGUCUCCGGAGAUCUGCUGGGCUCAUGCAACUUCACCUUCAGAUGAUCAUGGUCAUUACAUCAUAUGGAAGUGGAACUUGACAGACUGCAGUAGCUUCGUAAGGAAUGACUCUGACCAAAAGCUGGAGAUCCUGCAGAGUGGCAUGUACUUCAUCUAUGCCCAGGUGACCCGCAUAAAGGAAAUAGAAAGUUAUUUUACGAUGAUGCUGUACAAAGAUGAGAAUAUUCUCCUCAACCAGAUGACUGGGACAAAUACUGGGGAGAAAACUGCCUCCAUCAAUUUCGGGAGACCUUAUUUUCUGAGCAAGGGGGAGAAGCUGUUCUGUACAAUCAAUAGCGGACUUGGACACAUCUUGAAAGACAAUCAGACUUACUGGGGGCUGUACAAAAUGUAACAGACUUCCACUCGGAGUCAGCUUCUCUCACCCUCCAAGGAACAUUAGGAAUCUAACCCUUGAGUCUGAAAUGUUUGCAAUUUCUCUGCAUCAAACUCAAUACAAUGAUGCUUUGGGCUUUCUCAUCUUCCUGUUGAAGUAAUUCAGGGUACACGCUCAACAAGACGUGAAUGUGCGACUCCGGUAAUGACAUCAGAUUGUCACAAGUUAUGGGAGGAAGACACUUCUAGAACAACUGUGUGAACAAAGAAAAGCAAUACCUUGAUGUGUUAGAAAUGUUAGUUCUAAAAUCCCAGGCAAAUGAGUCACUAUGUUCUGCCCAUUCUGCACUGGUAAACAGUUCCACUCCAUGGCUGGCUGCCUUUCCGUGUGGGGUGAAAGUGAUUGUCAUUUGUAUAUUUUGUGAAGUGCCUUGAGGGUCCGUGGACAUGAAAGAUGCUAUGUCAAUGUAAUGUAUAAUGUACAUACUGUACAUAACCUGGACAAAAAGUGGCCUGUCUGGGAUUGAGGGUCCAACAUGUUUAAAGGCAAAUGGGAUAGACGGACAAUUCCUUGCUCCCAUCCAGGUCUCUCCUUUCUGUCCCCUUUUCUCCUCACAUCCAUACCUAACUUUAACAAGGGAAACUGCAGCUGUCCCAAUUUCCCCUCAGGGUGAACCCUGCCCCAUCAUCCCUGGGGAUUCACACUGUUUAGGAGUUCUGCAUUCAGAAUGAAUGCAAACUAUAUUUUCUCUUGGAACCAUUGAGUCCAAUGCUGGAGUACUGAAGGUGG